GAAUAGACCUACGAAAAAUAAAAUCCCCGUAGACAUGCAGUAAUCACAGAGAUUAUUUCUCACCAUAUAAAACACGCAAUUAUAAUAAUACCGUCUAGACUUUAAUGACGUCAGUUUUAAUGACGGUAAUCAUUCUGAAAUUUCAUCCUUAGCUUUGGCUGUAUUCCAAAACUUAUCGGUGACUCUGCGUGGGAAGAACACAAUGAAUAAUUAAAACUCCGAUGAGUAUCACACAUGUUCAGUGCACGCUAAUCAAUGUUUACAAUUUGUUGAUAUAUAACUCAACGUAACUCAUAUUGAUCAAACGCGAUCAUGUAUAGGCUUACUACUUACUCUUCCUUCAUUAUAUAUCUAUGUUUCAUUGUUUAUUCCAACGAACAAAACGUUACGGAAUCUGAAGUUCCAGUACCGACAAGAAUAAUAUUAGAUGAAUCUGAAAUGGCGAGUUUAAGGGAUCAAGCUAUGGCUAACGCUUCCAUAAGUCUAUCAAAUACGAGUCUGUCGGAUUUGCAAAACGAUAACGAUACGAUAAGAUUGCAUCAACAGUAUAGAGAAAGGAAUCGAGAAAAACGUUUACAAGCCAUAAAGAAACAAAUUUUAGAAAGACGGCGUAUAUCGUCUUCAUUGAACAGUACUUUUCCAGCCUUAACGCAAACGGAGAUUGAUUACAUAGCACAGACUUACGAUCGACUUCGACGUUCGAGUAUUAUCCCAGGAUCAGCAACAACAACUGCGGCAACAACAGAAAGUAACGACGACAAUAGAUAAUUGUACGAAUUCUACCUCUCGAUGGCAUAUAAUUUCAAUGUACAAAAAAGCUGAAGAUAGCUUGUACGAGUAACAACUUACUUUAAUAUCGCAAUUGUAAUUACUAAAUACCAAUAUCUGUUUGUAAUAUAAUUGUUUUUAUUCACGUACUCGUUUUAUAAUUCUAAUGACUUUUUUUUUGGUAUCGAAAUCUUUACAAAAUUAACCUUGCAUAAGCAUAUCCUACAUACUCUUUUAAAUUAUUUUUGACCCUGGAAUAUAGAAGGUAAUUAUGAGAAAUAAUAUUUGAAGAUGGCUAGACAGAAUUUCCUAUAUAAAGUAAUUAACUGUCUUAUUACAUGUGUCAUUAACUGACUUUUUAAUUCAAGAUGAAUCAAGAAUAGAUCAAUCAUUUUAUCAUUACGUAAAUGUGAUUCGGUAAUUUAGAAAUUGUUCCCUGUCAUUAAAUUACUUGAUAUUUAAUUAUUUUGCAAUUACUUUUGUAAUAAAAAUCAAAUAAAUAUAUUGCAUUAAUCAUUUUUGUAUGUUUUAAAUCUUUGGAAACUAGUUUCCUUCCAAUGAAUAUAUUGUUACUAAAUGUAAUAUAUAAUUAUAAAAAUAAUUGAUAUGUAUGAUGGCAAAUAAAGUAUUUAAAAUGAGAAAUCGAUUGAUAGAU